ACUAGGGAAUCCAUUAGAUGAUGUUAUCGUCGUUGUUUCCUUGCCAACCCUGCUCGACUUGCUGAAACAAAACGCAUAAAACCCAGCAAGCCAGUGUUUGGCGAGGUGUUGCAGACAUCAACACGCAAAUACGCACAACGUCUCUGCGUAACUGCAUCGAUGAACAACCACAGUGUUCCUCUAUCGCCCGUAUUGCCACUCACAAGUUUUGGAAACGUGUUGGUGUUCCUCUUCAGCAUUCUUCUGGCGACGACCAUCAUUUUUCUCAACUUCUCGGUGCUACUGUCCAUUUUGAUGAACAAAUCGCUGCGCAACGAGAACCGUUUCAUGUUCAUGUUGAGCACCUGCCUGAGUGACAUCUGCUCCGGGGUGUCUUAUUAUUAUGCUGGUGUUCUCGACGUGAGGGACCACUACACCUCUCCCAAUAGAACCUUCUACAUCGCCCCUACAUUCCUCGGGCUGUCAUACAUGGCCAUAAUCGCUGCUCAGGCAGACCGUUACCAUGCGGUGGCUUCUCCUUUCAAAUAUUCCCAACGAAUGACCAGAAACAGGACCCUUCUUGUCAUUCUUGUUUACUGGGUAUAUGCCUUCGUCAUUGUCGCUGUCAACAACCUAGUUCCAGUAGGGACAGCCAAAAGAGUCACUGGCAUCGGUUCGUUCCUGGGGAACAUAUGCACUGUCAUAAUUAUGAUUGGUCUGAAUAUCCGACUGUACUACAUUGCCACGUUUCAGUUGAUGAAGGAGCCGCCCUCCGCAGACAGGGAUGGCAAACGCUCCUCGAUUUAUCUCGUCGUGAUCGUUGCUGUGUUUUUUCUAGGGGCCUGGUUGCCCCUAUUCAUUCACAUUAUUGUGUGUAAUUUCAGCGGCACUACGUGUUAUUCGUUUAAGAACGAAGGCACUGACCCCAUUCGUAUUCUGCCCCGCCUUAACGCCGUGAUCACCCCUGUUCUGUAUACCAGAGGGUGCACUGCGCUCAGAGAAAGUCUUUUCACCCACGUCUGGCGAUCCUGCUGCCGGAGGUGAGAGUGAAGACUGUUUGCAUUAGGACUAUAGGCCUGCACUGCCUUGAUUUAACACAUGUUUGUCCAGCAUGCUAUAAGUGCAUGGACAAUAUAGCCAAGGGACAUU